AUGGUGUCCGGCGGCAGGAGCAGGGAGGAGCGGUGGAGCCUCGCCGGCGCGACGGCGCUCGUAACCGGCGGCAGCAAGGGCAUCGGGCACGCGAUCGUGGAGGAGCUGGCGGGGUUCGGCGCGCGUGUGCACACGUGCUCACGCAACGCGGCGGAGCUGCAGGAGUGCCGCCGGCGGUGGGAGGAGAUGGGGCUGCAGGUCACCAUCUCCGUCUGCGACGUGUCCGUCCGCGCCGACCGCGAGGAGCUCAUGGCCACCAUCGGGGCCACGUUCGGCGGCAAGCUUGACGUGCUCGUCAACAACGCGGGGCAGACGCUGUUCAAGCCGGCGGCGGAGUCCACCGGCGAGGACUACGCGCGGAUCAUGGCGACCAACCUGGAGUCGUGCUUCCACCUCAGCCAGCUCGCGCACCCGCUGCUCCUCGGUGCCUCCGUUGCCGGCGGGGGAAGCGUCGUGCACGUCUCCUCAAUCGCUGGCUUCAUCGGGCUCCCGGCGCUGGCAGUCUACUCCAUGAGCAAGGGCGCCUUGAACCAGCUCACGCGGAGCCUCGCCACCGAGUGGGCCGGCGACGGCAUCCGCGUCAACUGCGUCGCGCCGGGCGGCGUCAAGACUGAAAUCAGCACCGAUAUGACAAUAGACCCUGAGCUAGUGAAGAAUGAAAUGGCACGGCUGCCGAUGGGGAGGAUCGCCGAGCCGGAGGAGGUGGCGUCCAUGGUUGCCUUCCUCUGCAUGCCGACGGCGUCCUACAUGACCGGCCAGGUGUUUGUGAAAAUGUUUAAGAACAAUGGUGAUGUGAGGGGAAGGGAAGAAGAGAGAUGUGGUAUGGUGGUAACCCCAGUGGCGGAGGCACAGGGUAUGCCAGUUACGAAGAGAACCUCCGACCUCGUGUCCUGUUUGGCCUACGCUCUGCCCUACGGGCUACGGCGGCACCGGCCACCGGCGGCAUCUAGGCGAAUUUGUGAUCACAAUUGUUUUGUUAUGAAGAGAAACGGGGACAUUGCAUCUCUUUUUCAUAAGCAUGCAGCAAAGAAGAAGGCUACGACAGCUGCUGCUACUUCUAAUCCUGAUCCAAUUGAACCUAUGGUGGAAGAGCAGAUUCAUGAGAGAGUAGUAGUAGCUAGCUUUCAUGGCAGGGCUAGCGGGAGCAGGCACGAGAGGUGGAGCCUCGCCGGCGCGACAGCGCUGGUCACCGGCGGCAGCAAGGGGAUCGGCCACGCGAUCGUCGAAGAGCUGGCCGGGCUCGGCGCGCGGGUGCACACGUGCGCGCGAAACGCGGCAGAGCUUGAGGAGUCUCGCCGCCAGUGGGCGGAGAAGGGACUCGUCGUCACCGUCUCCGUCUGCGACGUCUCCGUGCCGGCCGACCGGGAGAAGCUCAUGGACACGGUCAAGGUGACCUUCGCCGUCACGCUUGACAUCCUGGUGAACAACGCCGGCCAGGCGUUCUUGAAGCCGGCGGCGGAGUGCACAGCCGAGGACUACUCGCAUGUGAUGGCGACCAACUUGGAGUCAAGCUUCCAUCUCUGCCAGCUCGCACACCCUCUCCUCGUCAGAACUUCCAUCGCCGGAGGAGGAAGCGUCGUCCAUGUCUCCUCCAUCGCAAGCUACCUGGGUUACCCAGGGCUCGUGCUCUACUGCAUCUCCAAAGCAGCAAUGAACCAGCUUACAAGGAGCCUGGCUGCCGAGUGGUCCCAGGACAAGAUUCGUGUGAACUGUGUUGCCCCAGGAGCUGUCACGACUGAUAUACUCAAACAGAUUGCAUCAUUUCAGUCCUUAAACUAUCCCGGUCCAUCUAUCGACUUGAUCCUCCAAUCCUAUGGCAGAAUAAAGCAAGCCAAACAAAUAAGAAAAUUCUGA